CGGAGUACAUCAACACUAGGGCGUCCUGCAGCCAGGAGAAAGUAAACUUCAUUCACCAGGACAAGACGGCUGAUUUGCUCGGCACUGUCUUUGUCUGUCCCCUAAGAAAAUCGAGAUGCCUGCCGACCCAGACGUGGACCUGGUUCUGCCCCAUUGUGAUGACGAUGACUUCAGCUUCUGGGGCCGACAGCUCUUCAAUGAUGACCACUUCCAGCCCAUCCUCCCAGAGAACUUCGUUGUUGGUUCCUCACAUGUCACCCCGCUGCCUUUCGGUCUUACCACUGAGCCGGCCGACUUCUGCAAUGCCUUCGUCUGGAGGACCCCUGACAAGCCUUGUGGCAACUGCUCCCUUGGAGGAUUUUCUUGCAAGAUUGUCGAGGACGGCCAGUACAAAGGUUUCUGUAGCUCUUGCAUUGAUCUCCAAUGCAAAUGCAGCUUCGGCCUCGCCCCCGAUGCCCACGACCAGCAGGGCAUAACCUUCCCUUCUAAGCCAUGGCCUACUAUUGGCGAGCAUCCCGAUCUUCCACCUCACGGCAGCGUUCCUCCCGCCAGCCUCGUGGGUGCCUCCUUCUCGGAAGCCUCCAAACAGCAGCCUGCUACGUCCUCUUCUGCCGAGAUAGGCCAUUCAGCCCAUGGUUUCGACAAAAACAGCUUGCCGCCCAAGAUUGGCACUCGUUUCUCUAGGGAGUCGGUCAAGACUCUAAAGGGCUGGCUCUACUCUCACGGCGAUCAUCCCUACCCUGACGAGGAAGAGAAGGAGAUGUUACAGCGUCAGACAGGCCUUAACAAGACCCAGAUUUCUAAUUGGCUUACCAAUGCUCGCCGUAGAUACAGGAUCCAGCCCCCUAGGUCCACCUCCCCUUAUGUUCGCAACACCUGGACCGGCCCUAUCGACAUUCCCCGCCGUCUUUAUACACCUGCCUUUGAGAACAAUACGGGCAACCUGAAUCCCCUGGAGCGUUGGGUUGACUCACCUCCUGAGAACGAACCCGCCUCCGUCACCGCCAUCGCUCACGCCGUCGCCUUGAACUCGGAGAUUUCCUUGGGGCUGAAUAGCCCCUGCUCCUUCAUUUCCACCGAUGAUGGAUCCAACCCCUCACUCUACAAUGUUUCUUCCGCGAGUAGUGCUGGCACUUCCAGUGGUGCCUCCUUCGGCUCCAUGACCCAACAGCGCGGCCGCCGCCGUCGCAGGAGAGCCGUUCCUAAGCGCAAGGAGAAACCCUCCUUAGCCGUGCCCCUGAAGAGAUUCCAGUGUACUUUCUGCACAGAGAUUUUUGGGACCAAGCACGACUGGCAGAGGCAUGAGAAGUCGCUACACCUCUCUCUGGAACGGUGGACAUGUGCCCCUGAUGGCCCUCGGGUCCUCAAUCCCCAGACUAACCAGAUCUGCUGUAUUUUCUGCGGCGAGGUUGAGCCCAGCGAUGCCCACAUCAAAUGCCAUAACCACUUGGCCUGCCUGGAGAGGUCACUCGAAGAUAGGACAUUUUAUCGCAAAGAUCACCUUAAUCAACACCUAAGGCUUAUGCAUAAUGUCAAAUUCCUCGACUGGAGCAUGAAGUCCUGGAAGAUCACUGGUCCCGAUAUCCGGUCGCGCUGCGGCUUUUGUGGUAUCGCAAUGUCUAACUGGUCGAUUCGAGUGGACCAUCUUGCAGAACAUUUCAAGAUGGGCGAUACAAUGGCUGACUGGAAGGGUGACUGGGGUUUCGAAGCUCCCGUGCUCAAUAUGGUUGAAAACUUUAUUCCUCCGUAUCUGAUCGAGAAUGAACGCCGCACUCCGUUCCCUUAUAUUGCGACCGGCGCGCCAGCCGAGACCCCUGAGAGCGCCUAUGAGUUAAUAAAGCUAGAAUUGGAUUAUUUUACAGUCAACCACCAGGAAAGGAUGGGCACUCUGCCGUGCGACGAUGAUUUGCAACUAGAGGCCUGCCGUAUCAUUUUCGCCUCUGAAGUAUUAUCUCUUCAAGGUAUCUCCGCCAAGUGCUCUUGGCUUCGUGACCUUCUGGUCUCAGAGGAUAUCAGCCGCCAAGCCCAAAUGGCUCCGCUGCGCCAAGGGACCGAGAAUAGGCUGUCUAUCCUCAAGAUCAAUGGCGAGGACAACUUAUUCGAGCAAUGCCCACUUGAGCACCAACUCCACGAGUUCGUGCGGGCCAAGACAUUUUCACUUCCUCAAACCAUAGACGGCGAUGAGCUCCAGCAGGAGGCUUGUCGCAUCAUCCGCCGUAUCGAAGAAGCCACAACGACACCAUCCGGUUUUAUUGUCGACUGGCUAAUUAGGCUCAUCACCUCCUCCACCAGCUGGCUGGACAACUUCCGUCAACGCGCUCACCUUCUGAGGACUGAGCUCACUUGUGUCAAGCCACAGCCGACGAUAUGUCAGGCUCAACGCCAAGAGUUGAAUGCGAUGGCACGAACGCAACCUGCUAGGGCAGUCUCGGGAGGCUGCUCAGAAGUGAUCUCUGCCACAGUUGCAGCCUCCCUCUGCGGGCCGCCAGGACAGGCGGGUAAGCAGGGAGCGUUCUUCUUGACCGAUGCCAACUGUUACCGUCGCCUCUUUCGCGAGUUAACUCGCUUCGUCUCAUCGACCAUGUCACCAAAUAAUCCGAAUUGUCAUGUACCGACUGAUGCCGAGAUUCAGCAUCAGGCUCGGUGGAUAAUAUUCGAUGACGACGACCCCUGGAACCAGACCGCCGCCGACAACGCCGAGUGGCUCUUGCGAUUCAAGCGCGAUGUUGGUAUCCUGUCUUCGGGUCCCGGUCUUUCGUUGGACACCAAUGCUUGGAACAUCUCCCAGGGCGGCACAGGCUUCGCUCCUCCGUACGCCUUCCCCAACAAGAGAAUGCUACACGCUACUUCAUCCACAUCGGCCUCGAUCAAUAUCUCCAGCGGCACGAAUGAAACGCUCGGCGCGGUCGCAUCCACCAUGAUGACAAACCUGACCACCGGCCGUUCGACUUCCCCCGGCUUUGACAAGGUUGAAAUAUUUAUUGGUGAUAACGCAACGCCCUUCGAGACCAACCAGGCCUUGUUGGACGGGUAUAUUGAAACGUUCUCAUCCCGCUAUGAUCGCCCCGCUAGCGUCUUCUGCUCGCGCGAGCUCGAGAGCGGCCUUGCCGGCUAUGUCGAGGCCGAGAUUGCACGCGGCGCCGGCUUCCCCUCAGAUGAGGCGCUUAAGCUGCGCGGCCGCGAGAUUCUGGGCAGUGAGAAGACGGCCGCCGACGAUCCCAGUCUUCUCGGAAAGUUCAAGGUGUGGGUGACGCCACUGCUCAAUCAGUGGCAAGAGCAGCAGCAUGUGGCUAUGCCCUCGGCCUUGCCCUGCGAUAUUAAUAUCACCCUGACCAACGCGGAGAUAGAGAGCGUUCUUGCAGAUGCGAGCUUCGAUAUGACGUUGAGAUGAUCCUAGGUACUGUGCGGCGUCGUUUGUCCCAUACAUGGCUAUAUGAAUAUUCCCGCUGAUUUUCUCAUACUCAUAUUAUGUUCACCUUUUCUUGCAGAACACAUAUUUUCAUGCGGGCUCAUGUGA